AUGGCCACCGCAGACCAGGAGCAACGCGUUUCCAUUACAGCAGCCACCGCAACGAGCCACCAUCGCGACCAUCUUCUCCGUAGUUUCGUCGUGCCUCCACACCACGACCCUCCAUUACAGAUCUGCGAAGCACUUCGCCGGAGCACCAACACCUCCAGCAACGUCGUCCUUUCACGCACCUCGAUAUCAAAAACACAACAUGAUAAGUCUUCUGAUGCCACUGUGGUUGCCGAAACAAUGGGGUACCUUACCCUGGAGUAUGUGCUUACUAGUAGAGCAACUGAGAAAACUGAUGUGUUUAGCUAUGGUGCGAUGGUUCUUGUGGUGGCCUGUGGGAGGAGGCCUAUUGAGAAAGAUGUCGCUGCAAAUGGUAAAGUUGGGGUUAGUAGCAAUUUGGUGGUGAGUUGCUAA